UGAAUAUGUGCCCUUGGUACAUUUGUUACUGUGUUUGAAGAACAUUGGACCACACAAAAACCCUACAGCUACAACAUUUCCUUGCCGCUGUAUUGACGAACGGUCUUCUUCUUCCUGUUUUGCAUUUGCCCAAACCAAAGCAACACCAUCCAUGGCUGAGCCUGACUGGUCUCAGCUUCCAACGGAACUUCUUCAACUCAUAUCCAAAAAACUGAACAGUGAAUUCUAUCUUCUUCGCUUUCGUUCUGUCUGUUCCACAUGGCGCUCUUCCAUCCCAAACUUCCGUCCCAACCACUUCUUACCGUUGAAGCUUCCAAAACCCUUCGGAACCGACGGCAACAACAACGAUUCCAUAUGCUACCUCGUAAAACACAACAUCUUUCUCAUCAAACCAACCACAAUCCCAAUCCCAAUCCAACACCAACCUCGAAAAAUUCUCCAACCCUUGUUGAUCAGAAUAGGUCCAAAUGUAAAGGGUAAAAUUCAACUCUGGCAUCCACUCGAUCUUGACCAACGUUUACCUUUCCAUUUCCCUGAUGAAGUCGUCGUCUUCGACUUCAAUCACAUCUCGAUCGUCGAUCUCGGACAAGUAUUCGUGCUCCAACCCAGCGACUCAUUUCAAAAUGAUCGAUAUGAUAAAGUCGUAGCUGCCACGUAUCCGGGGGAACAACAACCUCACAUUGUCACAUACGACUACUUGCGGGAUCCAUGUAUGUUCCGGCCUGGGGAUGAUGGUUGGAUGAAUAUCCCUAAUGUUUCACUUUCAGAGUGCUACUUUGGAGACAUCUGCAAUUUUAAAGGGCGAACUUGUGUGGUAGACAGGGUAGAAGAGAUGGCUGAGACUGUUAUGGUUGGACCGGACUUAAGCGUUGAUUUGGUGGAAGCUGAGCUAUUGUGUCCUGGCCAGCUUAGAUUAUGUGUGGUUGAGAGUGAGUUGUUGUUAGUGGAUACGAAUUCUGGUGAUUAUGAUGCAUGGAUUGAUGUGUAUAGGCUCGAUGAGAAGAAGAAAAAGUGGGUGGAGUUGUCAAAUUUAGGAGAUAGGGUUUUGUUCUUGGGGAAAAAAUGUUCAUUUUCUGCUUCUGCUUCCGAUUUGGGUUUUGCCAAAGGGAAUUGUGUGAUCAAUAUGAAUGUGAGUGACCUCGGUUGUGGAAUUUGUGAUUUAAACGAUGAAAAUAAGAUGUUGCCUUUGUCUGAUUAUCCUGAUUAUUUCAACUUACUUGCUGCUUCUGGAUUGUAUGGUGAAGAGCUGCAUUGGGAAAAUGGAUUUGAUGAAGAUGAAGAAAGUGAAGAUGAAGAUGAAGAAUGUGAAGAUGAAGAAGAUGGAGAAAGUGAAGAUGAAGAAGAUGGAGAGGAAGAAAAGUAAAGAGUUUUGAUGAAGGGAAGUAAUGAAGGAAUUGAGGAAGAAGAUGAAAAAAUGGAUGUAAAAGUUUCAAUUCCUUGAACUGCUCAUGUUUGAAAUAUUGAAUUUCUCAUUAUUUCUGUCAUUUUUCUGAUGAAUCUUAUAAUAUUUAGCAAUGAAAAAACAAUGUUGGCUUUCCUUUUUA